UUGCACACAAUCGGAUGGCCGAUCGACCACUGCACUGCCUCCUCCAAUAAUGCAGACCAACCGAUCGAUCCACAUCCACUGAGGCAGUCAGCCAGUCAUCCUCUCCCGCCAUCACCAAGUCACCAACCACCAGCAGCGGCAGCGGCAGCAGUGCCAGGAAUGACAUGAUUGCACGGUUCCGGCGAUCCGCCGGCCACGUACUCACUCGCCGACGUCGCAUGCCAUGCGCAGUCACGCAUCGCCAUGGAACGAACGAGGAUCCCCCUCUGCUCCCCCCUGCUCCCAGUGUCACAUCCGUCGCCCUCUCCCAGCUCUCUGCCACCGCAUAUGCGCCCCGUCCGGUAGGUGCGGCUAGCCUCUCUCUCGCCCGCCAUAGCCCGCCCCCACCCCGCAGCCAGGACCGCGGUGGGGGCUCCGCCACUGCGCCGCCGCACAUGCUCCCGGGAUCGAUCGGUCGAUCGGAUCGCUCGCUCCCUUCCCCACCGCCUGCCACUGCAACCCCGCCGCUGCCUACUCGCUUUGUUUGUUCCCCUCCCCGCCCGGUAAAACGCACGCGCUGCUCCUCCGACCGGCCUCGCCACUGCGGUGCGCCGCUCGUUUUCACCGCGCCGCUCUCCUAGCUUUUACCCCGGCACCGGCUGACGCCCGCCUCGGUCACCCGCUGUUAAGUGCCCGCCUGCGCCUCGCUCGACAGCGCGCACAGGCGCAGCGCGAGGCCGCAUUCAACUCGCCUGGGCCACCACCGCCGCGCUCUCCUCUCCUCUGCCCGCCACCUCCAUAUCAUCAUCCCGCCCGGCCGCCCUCCACCUCGCGCCGACAGACGUAACAACCCACCCCGCACCGCUCUGCGCGUGUCCGCCCCGCCUCCACUGCUGGCAUUUACGUGGCGCUUCUGCUGCUGCCGCUGCCGCUGCCGCUGCGCUUGCUCGCGCGCGGAGCGGGACGACAUGAGCCGCGGCGCGCACCGGGAGAUGCCGGCCGCGGGCGGGGGCGGGGGAGUGGGGACGAAGCUCAAGGCGACGCCCCGGGCGCUCUUUUCGUGUGGCAUCUUCAGCACCUGCACGCACCCGGCGCUCAGCCCCACGGCCACGCCCAACAACAAUGCCGCGGCGGGGAAUGGUGGGGUGAAGGGUGGCGGUGGUGGUGGGUCGGCCACGCCGGGCGGCGACGCGUCACCGGCGCUCGUGGAGGCGGUUGCGGCCUCGGCGGUGCCGUCGCCGGUGCAGUGGCAUCGUCAGAAGCAGGUGGUGCACGGGGGUAAUGCUAACGGCAGCAACGGUGCCGGGCCGUCGUCGUUUUCCUCGUCCUCGUCGAGCUCCGCGUCGCAGAGCUUCACGCAGUGGCGGCUGCCGGUGCACCACCCGCAGCAGGCGGCCUCGUCGGCGUCCGCGGCGGGGGCAGGAGCGGCCAGCCACGCGGUGGCGGGCAGCACGGAGGAGAAGUUCGCGGCGGGGGAUGUGGUGGCGGCGCUGCGUGCGGUGGAGCGGGAGAUGGAGGCCACCGAAACUUCAAAGACGGUGCCGGCUGCCGUUGUUGCCGGGGUGGUGGCCGCGGUGCGGGAGCCGGCGACGGCGAGGCUGGCGGCGAAGGUGCUGCUGGUGAUGCUCCUGGAGGAGGGGAACCGGGAGGCGGCGGUGGAGGCCGGCGCGGCGUCGGCAGGCGUGGAGGCGGUGGCGGCGUCGGGCCCCGCGGGCGCCACGGCGGAGCGCGCGCUGGCAGCACUCGAGCUGCUCUGCACGGCGGCCGGGGGCGCCGCAGCCGUGCGCAGGGAGGCCCUGGCGGCGCCCGUGCUGGCGCGCGCCGUGGAGGGCAUGUCCGGGCGCGGGCGCGAGUGCGCCAUCGGCGUGCUGGCGGCCAUCUACGGCGGCGAGGAGGCGGCCGGCGCGUCCCCGCCGCCGCCGGAGGUGGUGAAGGCGGUGGUGGGCGCGAUGCAGGGCGAGUGCAGCGCGCGCGGGCGGCGCAAGGGCGCCCAGCUCCUCCGCGCGCUCCAGGAGGGCGGCCGCCUCGGGCUCGCCUGGGACGGCGUCGGCGGCUCCUGAUGAAGCGACGAGCAACCGGCCGCCUCGGCGUCGGCCUCACUCCACUCCACUCCACUCCACUGGAGUGAAGCUCGAGUAGAAUGGUACGCACCCCACGCGCAGUGACGGACUGACGGGACGGCUGAUGAUCAGCGGGCGGACUGGAUCUGAUUAGGUGGCCACUGUUGCAACAACCUUGGGUGAUUGAUUACAUUACAUUACAUUAGAUAAUAGAGAGGGAUUGUCUGUUUUACAUCCGACUGAAAUCCAAUUCCAUUUCAGUCAUAUAUUUCCACCGUGUUUUACAUCCGAUUGUCUCUUGUCUUUCCCUCUCUCUUCCUUUAAAAAUCAAAAAGAGACCCUGAGAAAGACUAAACGGGUCCCCGCUUUAAAACCCCAAAAAAGAACAAGCUGCAUAACCUCUCCAUCGCACACAAGAACAAGAAGCAAACACGGCGGGGAUUCCUCCAAGGGAGCAGAGCUGGAGAAAGACAUGGAUUUCCAGGAACAAGAAGCUGAAGGAAACGAAGGGAAGCAAGAAUGCGAGGACAGGAGUCAUACCUGCAAGAUGAAGAGGAUGCACUCCUUCAUAACGGGGCGUACACAUUUACUGAACUUCUUCAAGUGCAGAUGAUGUACAAGCAGGAAAAUUAUUCUGGAUUCCAGGGAAGUACAGAAACUGACUACAAUCUGGCGAACACUGCAACCAGCAAUUAUCAAACAUGAACACACAACGACACGGGAGAAACUGUGAUGAUGAGUGUUCACAACCCAUGGGAUGUCAGUCUAUUUGACAACAUGGAACCUGACAAGGAACCUGAAGAAUCUGCAUAUGAUACAUCUGCAACACAAGCAACAGAGAAAGGGCUAAAUCUACAAGCAACAGAAAGAAGUGAAGAGACAGAAAAACAGCAGUAAACUCAAACCGAAGAAGACAAGGAGUACCUAGAUCUUCCUACGAGAUGUUCCUAUGAGAUGUUUCAUGUACAGAAAACGAAUUUACAGUUAAGUGUACACAGUAAAUAGAAAUCAAA